GGAACCACCUUCAAAUUUUAGGUUCGAAAAUUUCGUCUUUCACGCUCUCCUUCCCUGUAGGCCAUUUCUUUCAUUCUUCGAGGAUCGUCUCUUAUAUUCGUACAUGUCUACAUGGGUGCAGUAGAAGGGAAACUUUUUGGAAGGUGUUCCGGGAGAUCAUUUCCAGGGGCGUCAUAUAUCAUCAUCAUUAUUAUUAUUCUUCUUCUUCUUCUUAUUUUCAUCAGAAUUAGUCGCCAGAGCCGCUCUCACGUUGGGGGGUGCAUAUCAUUUAUAUUGGUAUAUCAUUCCUUGUCCCUAUUCCUUUCUUAUAGAAAAUUACCUGUCUUUUCUCUCCUUACAUUCUCCUCGUCUUCCCCCUCCUUUCUCUCUCCCUGUCUCUCUCUCUCUCUCUCUCUCUCUCUCGCUGUGUCUGUGUAUGUGUGUCAUCAUCUGAUAAUCCGAACAUGGUUUAUAUUGUCCAUGGAACAUGGUCGGAUAUUGCUCUUUCUUUCUUUCUUUCUUUCUUUAUACCCUGUGCAUUGCCCAGUUGGUGAGAGAUUCUAUCAAAGAGGAAUUAUCAUAGAAUGGAAGUUUUUUUUUUAUCCUUUCCAUAUUUUUGCCCAGUUUCCUUUUUCUUGUUAUUUUUUUCUCCAUCUCCACACCCAUAUAUUUCUCCCCAUUUUGCUUUUUAGAUCGGAUAUCAUUGACAGGGAAAGAAAAAAAAAAAAAAAAAAAAAGGCCCAAUUUUCAUCCAUUUCUCACUUCUGUAAUUUAUCCUUUUUUGUCUACUUUCUUUUUGCCAACCGGCGCGGGGAUGGGGGAAGAGGAGGGUGGGGUUUUUCUCUUUGGUUCUAUUACAACAGUGGAUUGACAUAAGUGUAUAUGUAAAACAUGUGUGGCUGAUGUGUGUGAUCUGAUUGUCAUUUCACUGGACUGUGGCUAGAUACUAUACGAUAAAUGGGCGCGGCAAGGACACUACUGUAGGGCAGGCCAUUCGCAGAGGGCAACAAGGAAGUUAUCAAAUCAUUGGGCAGCGUCGUUUGG